GGAGUUGAUGUGAAUGAAGUUGAGGUGUAUGGAGUUGAGGUGAAUGAAGUUGAGGUGAAUGGAGUUGAGAUGUAUGGAGUUGAGUUGUAUGGGGUUGAGAUGUAUGGAGUUGAGAUGUAUGGAGUUGAGGUGAAUGAAGUUGAGGUGAAUGGAGUUGAGAUGUAUGGAGUUGAGUUGUAUGGGGUUGAGGUGAAUGGAGUUGAGUUGUAUGGAGUUGAGUUGUAUGGGGUUGAGUUAGGUAUUGAGUUAAAUCUAUCUUUAGAUUGUGGUGGAUUGGGUUGGGUUGAGUUAGGUAUUGGGUUGGGUGAUGUUGAGUUAAGUUUAUCUUUAGAUAGUGGUGGAUUGUGUUGUGUUUUGCUGGUAUUAGGUUGCUUAUUGGGAAUUGGGCUUAUAUACUGGGCAAAUUGCUUGGCCGGCAUGGUGAGUUGUCGACUUUCUAUCUCACUAAUUGGUAGCUGUUGA